AAGAAAAUGGAAAUGGUCGUGAAAUUCCUCCACUGAUCGAGCCAUAGACAGACGAGAGUAAACACCAAAGAGAGCCGUGGUUUUGCAGUGGGGAGCGUCGACGAGAAGAAAGAAGAGGAAGGGGAGAAAUUGGAAGACAGCGACAAUGGGCGGAGGAAUGGAGGCGCAGAAGAACAAAUUUAUCGAGGAUUGGGGUGCUGCUAGAGAAAAUCUAGAGCAUAACUUCCGCUGGACUCGCCGCAACUUCGCUCUCGUGGGUAUCUUUGGCAUCGCCAUCCCCCUCCUCGUUUACAAAGGCAUCGUCAGGGAAUUUCAUAUGCAGGAUGAGGAUGCAGGCAGACCUUACAGGAAGUUUUUUUGAGCACGACACCAGGAACUGCAAUAAUUUCUUGGAGUAAUAAAACCUUUCUUAUAUAUGUGAACACUGAACCCCGCCAAUUUGGAUUCUGGGACAAUGUUGCAUCUUUCUUUGAAGUUGUAGAAGUGAUGCUAUGCAAGUUUACACUGUAUUUUAUGUCAUAUUGAGAAUGCUGAGUAUUUUCAGUGGAAGUCAUGCUUUUAAAUUUUUAUGAAUAUAGACCAUUUUUGUUUUUUGUUUUCGUA